AUGACUAGGUGUGUCCAAACUUUUGACUGGUACUGUAUUUGGAAAUGUGUAUAUAUAUAUUUUAUUUUAUUCUCUUAGGUUAUAGGUUUAGGCUAUUGUAACGCUGAAUUGACCAGUAAUAUUACUGUGAGGUAGCAAACAUAACCCAUCAGUGCAGCACAUAUGGCAUGCUAUCUCCCUCUGGUCCCUAUACAUUUGAUAAAGGACAUGUGUUAUGCAGCAAUAGGUCUUACCUCAAAUGGCCUAACCAAACAACUAUCACAGCAGCCUAUAAACAUACAGAUAUUAGCCCGACAUUGUGAUGUCAAAGUGUAUCAUUGUAGUCAGCAGAUUAGCCUAAAUGGCAUGACAUGGAUAUAGUCUUUAUGCCAGAUCAUGUUCUAGGAAUUGUAUUCUAGUCAAAUGCAUUGUUAUACCAUUCUGCCUAUGCAUUUGCAUUGGUAUGUUUACAUCUGUUUGCAGCGUUUUCAUUCGCUGGACUGGGCUCACUCAGUUCACACCUAGAGAUGUAACAUAACACUUUGUAUUUUGACACCACUGCUGCUCUCGUAUUGCCCGUGAUACAUUAGAGAAUACGAUUGUAAUCUCUUCGUAAUCUGAAGACAGACGCGAAAUCCCUCUAUUUAAAUUGCUUUAAACCUAUUAAUAGCCUCGCUCUCAGAUGAGAGCAUCAUAGCCGACAAAACAUCGUAAUAUUCCUCGAUUAGAACGAGGUGACUCCCAAGGCGAACGGUAUUCGGUCCGUCCACCUAUGGUCUGGCAGGUUUUUGACCAAGGCUACGGAUAAAAUGUGGGAUGAAGUUGCUCGGUCUGCGCCGGUUAAGUAUGGCGCUGUCAUAGCGGUCACAGUGAUCUGCGUUGUUCUGUUGAGAAAAUGGAUUGCUGGGGGUGUGUGUCAAUCUUCAGUCCAAUUACAUGGCAAGACGGUGUUGGUCACCGGUGCCAACACCGGCAUUGGCAAGGAAACGUGCCAUGACAUGGCACGUAGAGGGGCGCGGGUGGUGAUGGCAUGCCGGGACCUGACACGGGCUGCGAGGGCGGCGGAUGAGAUUCGUCAAGCCACGGGGAACAGCAACAUCGUAGUGCGGCACCUGGACCUGGCCUCUAUGUACUCUGUCAGAGAGUUGGCCAAAGAGUUCAUUGCCAGUGAGGAUCGCCUAGAUAUACUCAUCAACAACGCUGGUGUGAUGAUGUGCCCUAAGUGGCUAACAGAGGACGGCUUCGAGACACAACUGGCUGUCAAUCACCUCGGACACUUUCUACUGACCAAUCUCCUUCUGGGGAAGCUCAAGAGCUCCGCCCCUAGCCGUGUGGUCAAUGUGUCUAGCAUUGCACACAAAGGGGGUAAGAUCCAGUUUGAUGAUCUUUUCUUUGCCAAGAGGCCGUACAACUCCCUGGUCAGUUACAGGCAGAGCAAGCUGGCCAACGUGCUAUUCUCCAGAGAGCUGGCCAGAAGGUUGAAAGGUACGGGGGUGACGUCCUACAGCCUGCAUCCCGGGGUGAUCAGGACAGAGCUGACUCGUCACGUGGAGACCUGGUUCCCCAUGCUGAGGGCCAUCCUGUCAGCCCCCUCCAUGCUCCUCAUGAAGACCCCCACCCAGGGUGCCCAGACCUCCAUCUACUGUGCUGUCACCCCAGGACUGGAGAACAAGUCUGGCAGCUACUUCAGUGACUGUGCCAUGACGGAGACCGCCCCAGGGGGGAGGGAUGAUGCGGUGGCCAAGAGGCUUUGGAAGGAGAGUGCCCGUCUGGUGGGUUACAAAGAAAAAGACUGAACAACCCCCUCCAUCUGAAAACCAUAGAGAAAGACUGUACAACCCCCUCCAUCUGAAAACUAUAGAGAAAGACUGAACAACCCCCUCCAUCUGAAAACCAUAGAAAAAGACUGAACAACCCCCUCCAUCUGAAAACCAUAGAGAAAGACUGUACAACCCCCUCCACCUUCAAACUAUAGAGAAGGACUGGACAACCCCCUCCACCUUCAAACUAUAGGGAAAGACUGUACAACCCCCUCCACCUGAAAACCAUAGAGAAAGACUGUACAACCCCCGCCAUCUGAAAACUAUAGUGAAAAACCGAACAAUCCCCUCCACCUGAAAACCAUAGAGAAAAACUGAACCCCCUCCAUCUGAAAACUAUAGAGAAAGACUGUACAACCCCCUCCAUCUGAAAACCACACAGAAAGACUGAACAACCCCCUCCACCUGCAAACUAUAGAGAAAGACUGAGCAACCCCCUCCACUUGCAAACUAUAGAGAAAGACUGUACAACCCCCUCCACCUUCAAACCAUAGAGAAAGACUGUACAACCCCCUCCACCUGCAAACCAUAGAGAAAGACUGAACAACCCCCUCCAUCUGAAAACUACAGAGAAAGACUGUACAACCCCCUCCACCUGAAAAUGGUAGAGAAACACUGAACAACCCCCUCCACCUUCAAACUAUAGAGAAAGACUGAACAACCCCCUCCACCUGCAAACUAUAGAGAAAGACUGUACAACCCCCUCCACCUUCAAACCAUAGAGAAAGACUGAACAACCCCCUCCACCUGCAAACCAUAGAGAAAGACUGAACAACCCCCUCCAUCUUCAAACUAUAGAGAAAGACUGAACAACCCCCUACAUCUGAAAACCGGGAACUCAUGAACUAAGGACAGCCCCAAACCUCUCUGACAAACAGCAUCAACAGAUUGGACGACUGGUACCAAGGAAUCCUCAAGCCUCUCUUCUCUGACCUCUCAAUAUAAAAUUACCUGUAAGGAGUCUUCAAAAAGACAUGCAUGGGUGAUGUGUAGUUACCAGGUUGGGGCGUCCAUGCUUACCUUGGAGAUUGCAGACUGAAAGACUAACAGACCUGUAGGAACUCAACUCAGGACAAAAAGUCCUUUCACCUCACUAUGCUGGAGAUCAGAUAUCCAACAAAUUAUUUGGAGCAUCCAUCGCCAGUCAUUCUUGUAGAAUUCUGACCCUUGUUAACAGGGGCGUCAUGUACCCCAAAAAUCUGAGGUUUAACAGGGGCGUCAUGUACCCCAAAAAUCUGAGGUUUAACAGGGGCGUCAUGUACCCCAAAAAUCUGAGGUUUAACAGGGGCGUCAUGUACCCCAAAAAUCUGAGGUUUAACAGGGGCGUCAUGUACCCCAAAAAUCUGAGCUUUAACAGGGGCGUCAUGUACCCCAAAAAUCUGAGGUUUAACAGGGGCGUCAUGUACCCCAAAAAUCUGAAUGUGCACAAAGUAUGUGAGGAUGGCUGGGGGAGUGGUUGGAUAAUUUAGCAAUUUUCAAACACCUGAAAAAGCAUUUUCCUGCAAUCUAGAGCCAUGAUCAUUAUGCUUAAUUUUGUGUGAAAAAUAUGUAUAUUUUUCUGCAUAUUUAAGCAAACUUUUUGAACUGUCUGUAUCCACCUGAUUGGUGGUUCUUUUUUUCAAUAAACUAAAUAUUCAUCUCUACAUCUCUGCUAAAAAUCUGGGUAAAGGAUUGAAAGGAAUGUGAGUCUUAUUCAGUACAUUGAAUAAUUCCUCACUUUUCUAAAGUCUACCAACCUUGCCAGCACACAUGCCAGCUAAGAUAGUUAGACAAGCUAGCUACUCUAACUUGUUUGAUAGCCUACUUUAUAGCUAGUUAUGAGGUUGGGAGAUUGGGAACCAAUCUGGGCUAGCUAAAGCCAACUUCAUAAAAUUGCUAGGAGGCUAUUUAUUUUUUUAGUUGUAUAAACAGGACACAUCUGAGGGGGCACGUUCCCCUGCGCCCCCUAUGGGCAUUAUGCCUCUGCCUGAUAAUAUGAAUGUCAGUUGAGAGUGUUGUACUUGAUAGCUUAGUACAUUGGGAUGAAUAUUACACUGGUGAUCAUGCAUUUACUGCAGUUUAACACUUUAGAGUGUCAUGUUUAUGAAAUAAGCAGGUAAAUAGUAUAUUUCAUCAUUAGAGAUUGCAGGUAAUCAUUGCCAAGUAUUCACCUGGUUAUUUCCUGAGGGCACUGUAAAAGCAUGUUUAUACUAAAUGUUCUCUGUAAAGAGUAGUUGUCUUUUGGAAUUCACUCCUGAAAUGGGAAACUACUGAUGGUCAUUCUGUUUUUCAAGGGAGGAUCAUCUUCAAGGUAAUUUUGCAAAGUAGCAACAAUGACUAUCUCAAAUAAAAUGUAAGCUUUG